AUGUGUAGAAACCGUUACGACGAAAUCCCCUGCAUCAACACAACCAUCAACAGAAUAUUAUGCUGCCCACGUCAGCCUAAUAUGUCCUUACAAAGCACGGAAAAUACAGAUGGAGGAGUCACAGAAUUAAAUGACCAAUUGCAAGAAAAUAUCAACGAAAUCAACUGCAGACUGGAAUACUUGGGAAAUAUGUCGUCAGAAGUUAAACAACAAAAAUCCGGAAAUCUUACAACUGAAAACUUGUCCGGAUCUACUUCAGACCUUUCUAGUAUAAAAUCUGAAGACUUUGCAGAAACCCUUCGUGAUUAUGACGAUGUUGACACAAAACCGCGAAAUGUAUCUUCGAGUCAGAAUUUAGGUUCACAAAAAAUCCAGAAACCAAGUUCUACUAGUCAACGAUCUGGUUCACCUGGGGAGUCUGUGAGUAACAUUGGUGCAAGUCGGUCUCAUUCGACUUCUGCUACUCCCAGUGAGGACGCCCUUGGAAAAAGCAGUCAAUCUUUUGGUUCAAAGAUUUCUUCAGAUUUAUACCCGAAAGCUCCUCCACCGAGUAAAAUUGAUUUUAGUCAAAGUAGAAAUGCUUCUUCUCGUGGAGUGGUCGCGAGUCGUAGUUCUUCAGCGACUAAAGGAAUAAAUACUUCUGGUUUAUCUACGGGUGCACCAAAAGACACCUGUAAUCGUAAUGACUGUGAAAAUCCAGGUACGGAAUCUCCUGACCCUAGUGACAAUAAGAUUUGUUCACCACGUACGUGUGUUGAAUUUGCAACAAGCGAUUCUAUUUAUGAUGGAGGAGAUUGUUUUAACCAAGAGAACGAACCUCCAACUGAAGAACACACAUCUGUUCAUGCUACUCCUAGUCAACAAAAAAGUAAAGUUCUAAGUUCCACUAGUCAACAUGGAUAUUCUUCUACAGACGUUUUAGAUUCUGUUCAAAAAAAUGUGUCUUUUCACAAACGAAAAAGUACCCAUAACCCAUCUAGCGAAACUAUUAUGAGCGAGGCUCUUAGUGGCGAAAGCUCACGUAGUUCUCCAGGACAAGUUGUUAGUGAAGGAAGUGGACAUUUUACUCCAACAAUAGACUUUUGGGAGGAAAACGGAAAACCUCGCAGUGUUACUAACACUCCAAGUGGAUCCAAAGAUUGGACAUCAGGGAUAAAAUUGUCUAAUUCACAUACGAAUUCUGUUAGUGAACAAAAAGUAGCUCCUGAUUUACGAACGAACUCUCAAAGCCGGAGUAAAGAAACUACUGGAAGGAGAUCUGCAAACCUUAAAGAAACUUCUAGUCGAAGAGGUGGAUCUCAACGGAAAAAUAGUCCACUUCAUACCAAGGAGUGUCUAUGUUGUCAAUGUGUAAAAAGUAGGAAUCUAAGUCAAGGCAAAAGUAUAUCGCACCAGGAUACUCUUAGUCAAGGUGAAGGACGAAUUGCAUCUGAUGGUCAAGGAAAAAUGAUUCUCAGUCCAAACACUCGUAGUACUGGUAGUAAAAGUCAAAACGUUAGUCAACAAAAAGUCUCUGCUAGUCUUCCUAGUAAAACUCAUAGUCAACAAAAGUGUCAAUGCCCUCAUUGUGAGGGAAAGAGAAAACUCAUUCAAGGAAAAAUGAUUCCCAUUCCAAACACUUGUAGCACUACCAGUAAAGGCACUCUUAGUCAAUAUAAAGACCCUUCGAAGUCUCCUAUUUCUUCUGCAAGUGUUAAACAAUCUCCUAGCCGUAAUUUAGAAAAAACUAGUCGUAGUAAGCAAGAAAUUUCUAGUCAAAACGUUAACAAUUUGUCUUCACGCAUGCCUGGUCGUAGCAAAAGUGAGCUAGCCAGUCAUCACAGUGCCCCUUCACAGGCAGACUCUAUCAAGCAAAGUCAAGCUUCUGUUAGUCGUCGUGGAGAAACUCUUAGUCAAGUGGAUGCAUCUCGUAGUCAACAAAAAUAUACUAGUGUCAGUCAAGACGAUUAUAAAUCCCGUAGUGGGGUUAAACAAGCCACAUAUUCACUCAAGGAUUCUGAAGACAGUCUUAGUCAAGUACCAAUUCCAUCUAAUAGUCAAGGAAACUUCAUUCACAGUCCAAGCAGUCGUAUUGACAGUAAAACUGCUUUAGGUCGAAAUAAUCAUUAUGCAGAAUAUCCCAGCCAACAGAACGUAUCACCUAGUCAAUAUAAAGAUGUUGCUCAGUCUUCAGCAAAUCUUAAAGAAACUCCUAGCCGGAAAAGCGGAUCUCGUACUGUAGAAAAAGCUAGUCGUAGUGCAACCCCUCGUUCCGUUACAGAAACUUAUUUUUCACGUAUGGAUUCUUCUGUUGGAGGUGGGCAAUCUAAGAGUUAUCAAGAACAUGCUGAAAUAGAUGGUAGCGAAGAAUUUAUUCCUAGUUCACGCAGUGGAAUUCCGAGUAGACAAGAAAUUUCUACUCAACGCGUGGUUAGCAUGUCUACUCGUAGCCAAAGUGGAGUUGCUAGUCACCGUAGUGCUCCUUCACAGGCAAAUUCCUUCAAACAAAGUCAAGCUUCUGUUAAUCGUCGCGGCCAAGUGAAUGCAUCUCGUAGUCAACGUGAAUAUAUUGCGGAUCAAGAAGACAUUGUUGACGAAGAUGGCAGAGAAGAAGAAUUUAUUCCUAGUUCACGGACGGGAAUUCCUAGUAGACAAGAAAUCUCUAGUCAAAAUGUGGCUAAUUUGUCUUCACGCAUGUCUACUCGUUCCAAAAGUGGGCAGGCCAGUCAACAGAUUGGUCGUUCACAGGCAGAUUCUAUCAAGCGAAGUCAAGCUUCUGUUAAUCGUCGUGGGGAAACUCGUAGCCAAGUGAAUGCAUCUCGUAGUCAACGUGAAUAUAUUGUCGAUCCUCCUAUAUCUUCUGCAAAUCUUAAAGAAACCCCGAGUCGGAGAAGCGAAUCUCAAAGUCAACAAAAAUCUAAACGUAGCCAUUCCACGGAUUGUCGUUGCUGUGAAUGUAUAAACAAGAAAAAACUCCGUCAAGAUAGUUAUAAAUCGCGCAGUGAAGUGGAAGGUGUCGUUCAAUCACAUACAGAUUCUGUUAUUCAACCUGAAUACUCUGUUAGUUUUGACGAAGUGGAUGACGAAGGAAGAACUGAAUCAUAUAAUCAAGGAAAUGUUGUUAGUAGUCCAAGUAAUCGUAGUGCUGGUACUAAGGGUACUCGUAGUCGAAGUGGUUAUCAAAAUGUUAGCCAACAGAAAGUAUCCCGUAGUCAAUAUGAAGAUAUGGCUCAGUCUCCUACAUCUGCUGCAAAUCUUAAAGACUCUCCUAGCCGGAGAACCGAAUCUCUUAGUCAACAAAAAUCUAAUCGUAGUCAACUGCAAGGUGUCGCUCAAUCACGUACAGAUUCUAUGAUUCAACCCGAAGACACUUUUAGUUAUGACGAAGUGGAUGACGAAGGAAAAACUGAAUCAUAUAGUCAAGGAAAUGUUGUUAGUAGUCCAAGCAAUCGUAGUGCUGGUAGUAAGGGUACUCGCAGUCGAAGUGGUCAUCAAAAUGUUAAAGAAUCUCCUAGCCGAAGAAGCGAAGCUCGUAGUCUACAAAAAGAUAGUCGUACUUCACAUCACGGUUCUACUAAGGAAAUGACUCUUCCACGUAUGGAUUCUUCCGGUCGAGAUGGGCAAUCUAAGACUUAUCAAGAAGACAUUGUUGACGAAGAUGAAAAUGAAGACGAAGAUGGCAGAGAAGAAGAAUUUGCUCCUAGUUCACGCACGGGAAUUCCUAGUAGACAAGAAAUCUCUAGUCAAAAUGUGGCUAAUUUGUCUUCACGCAUGUCUACUCGUACCAAAAGUGGGCUGUCCAGUCAACAGAUUGGUCGUUCACAGACAGAUGCUGUAACCCGAAGUCAAGCUUCUGUUAAUCGUCGUGGAGAAACUCGUAGCCAAGUGAAUGCGUCUCUUAGUCAACAAAAACCUAAUCGUAGUCAUUCCACGGACUGUCGUUGCUGUGAAUGUGUAAACAAGAAAAAACUCCGUCAAGAUAGUGAACUGGAAGGUGUCGCUCAAUCACAUACAGAUUCUGUUAUUCAACCUGAAGACUCUGUUAGUUAUGACGAAGUGGAUGACGAAGGAAGAACUGAAUCAUAUAAUCAAGGAAAUGUUGUUAGUAGUCCAAGUAAUCGUAGCGCUGGUAGUAAGGGUACUCGCAGUCGAAGUGGUCAUCAAAAUGUUAAAGAAUCUCCUAGCCGGAGAAGCGAAGCUCGUAGUCUACAAAAAGAUAGUCGUAUUUCACAUCACGGUUCUACUAAGGAAAUUUCUCUUCUACGUAUGGACUCUUCCGGUCGAGAUGGGCAAUCUAAGACUUAUCAAGAAGACAUUGUUGACGAAGAUGAAAAUGAAGACGAAGAUGGCAGAGAAGAAGAAUUUACUCCUAUUUCACGCACGGGAAUUCCUAGUAGACAAGAAAUCUCUAGUCAAAAUGUGGCUAAUUUGUCUUCACGCAUGUCUACUCGUACCAAAAGUGGGCUGUCCAGUCAACAGAUUGGUCGUUCACAGACAGAUGCUGUAACCCGAAGUCAAGCUUCUGUUAAUCGUCGUGGAGAAACUCGUAGCCAAGUGAAUGCGUCUCUUAGUCAACAAAAAUCUAAUCGUAGCCAUUCCACGGACUGCCGUUGCUGUGAAUGUGUAAACAAGAAAAAACUCCGUCAAGAUAGUGAACUGGAAGGUGUUGCUCAAUCACAUACAGAUUCUGUUAUUCAACCUGAAGACUCUGUUAGUUAUGACGAAGUGGAUGACGAAGGAAGAACUGAAUCAUAUAGUCAAGGAAAUGUUGUUAGUAGUCCAAGCAAUCGUACUGCUGGUAGUAAGGGUACUCGCAGUCGGAGUGGUCAUCAAAAUGUUAGCCAACAGAAAGUAUCCCGUAGUCAAUAUGAAGAUAUGACUCAGCCCCCUAUAUCUUCUGCAAAUCUUAAAGAAAGUCCUAGUCGAAGAAGCGAAUCUCUUAGUCAACAAAAAUCUAAUCGUAGUCAAGUGGAAGGUGUUGCUCAAUCACGUACAGAUUCUAAUAUUCAACCUGAAUACACUGUUAAUUAUGACGAAGUGGAUGACGAAGGAAGAACUGAAUCAUAUAGUCAAGGAAAUGUUGUUAGUAGUCCAAGCAAUCGUAGCGCUGGUAGUAAGGGUUCUCGCAGUCGAAGUGGUCAUCAAAAUGUUAAAGAAUCUCCUAGCCGGAGAAGCGAAGCUCGUAGUCUACAAAAAGAUAGUCGUACUUCACAUCACGGUUCUACUAAGGAAAUGACUCUUCCACGUAUGGAUUCUUCUGGUCGAGAUGGGCAAGAAGACAAUGUUGACGAAGAUGAAGAUGGCGGAGAAGAAGAAUUUGCUCCUAAUUCACGCACGGGAAUUCCUAGUAGACAAGAAAUCUCGAGUCAAAAUGUGAAAAAUUUGUCUACACGCAUAUCUUCGCGUAGUAAAAGUGGGGUAGCUGUUCCGUCACAGACAAAUUCAAUCAAACGAAGUCAAGCUUCUGUUAAUCGUCGAGGAGAAACUCGUAGCCAAGUGAAUGCAUCUCGUAGUCAACGUGAAGAUAUUGGCGAUUCUCCCAUAUCUUCCGCAAAUCUUAAAAAUACUCCAAGUGGAAAAAACGGAUCUCUUAGUCAACAAAAAUCUAAUCGUACACAUUCCAUAGAUUGUCGUUGCUGUGGAUGUGUAAAUAAAAAAAAACUCGGUCAAGAAAAUUAUAAAUCCCACAGUGAAUUGGGGAAUAUCGCUGAAUCACGUACAGAUUCUACUGUUGAACCUGAAGACACUCUUAGUUAUGACGAAAUAAAUGAUGAAGAAAGAACUGAAUCAUAUAGUCAAGGAAAUGUUGUUAGUAGUCCAAGUAAUCGUAGUGCUGGUAGUAAGGGUCCUCGUAGUCGAAGUGGUCAUCAAAAUGUUAGCCAACAGAAAGUAUCCCGUAGUCAAUAUGAAGAUAUAACUCAGUCUUCCGCAAAUCUUAAAGAAUCUCCUAGCCGUAGAAGCGAAUCUUCACGUCAUGAAGCUUCUCUUCCAGGUAUUGAUUCUUCUGGUCGAGAUGAGCAGAGUUAUCAAGACAAUGUUGAAGAAGAAGUUGAAAACGAAGGUAGCGGGGUAGAAGAAUUUACUUCUAGUUCACGCACGGGAAUUCCUAGUAGACAAAAAAUCUCUAGUCAAAAUACUGCUCCUUCACAGACAGAUUCAAUCAAGCCAAGUCAAACUUCUGUUAAUCGUCGUGGAGAAACUCGUAGCCAAGUGAAUGCAUCCCAUAGUCAACGUGAAUAUAUUGUCGAUUCACGUAUACCUUCUGCAAAUCUUAAAGAAACUCCGAGUCGAAGAAGCGAAUCUCUUAGUCAACAAAAAUCUAAUCGUAGUCAUUCCAUGGAUUGUCGUUGCUGUGAAUGUAUAAACAAAAAAAAACUCGGUCAAGACAAUUAUAAAUCCCACAGUGAAUUCGAAAGUGUCGCUGAAUCACGUACAGAUCCUAUUAUUGAACCUGAAAAUAAUCUUAGUUAUGACCAAGUAGAGGAUGAAGGAAGAACUGAAUCAUAUAGUGAAGAAACAAUUUCUAGCAGCCAAGGCACUGGUAGCGCUAGCAGUGAUGGUCGAAGUGAUCAUCUUAGCCAACAGAAAAUCUCUUCUAGUCAAUAUGAAGAUAUUACCCAGUCUGCAAAUCUUAAAGAAUCUCCUAGCCGGAGAAGCGAAUCUCGUAGUACAGGAAAAGCUAGUCGUAGUUCACGUCAGGGUUCUAUUAAGGAACCAUCUCUUCCACGUAUGGAUUCUUCUGUGCGAGAUGAGCAAUCUAAGACUUAUCAAGAAGACAUUGUUGACGAAGAUGAAAAUGAAGACGAAGAUGGCAGACAAGAAGAGUUUGCCCCUAGUUCGCGCACGGGAAUUCCUAGUAUACAAGAAAUUUCUAGUCAAAAUCUGGAAAAUUUGUCUUCGCGCAUGUUUACACUCAAAGAUGAGUUUAGCAGUCACCACGCUAAUCCUUCACAAACAAAUUCAAUCAGGCAAAGUCAAACUUCUGUUAAUCGUCGUGGACAAACAUCUCGUAGUCAACGUGAAUAUAUUGUCGAUCCUCUUAUAUCUUCUGCAAAUCUUAAAGAACCUCCUAGUCGAAGAAGCGAAUCUCUUAGUCCACAAAAAUAUAGCAGUAUUCAUUCCACAAACUGUCGUUGCUGUGAAUGUGUAAACAAGAAAAAUCUUAGUCAAGAUAAUUAUAGAUCCCGCAGUGAGCUUGAAGAUUCUCGCACAGAAUCUCCUGUUCAACUUGAAGACACUCUUAGGUAUGAAGAAGUAGAUGAUGGAGGAAAAACUGAAUCACAUAGUCAAGGAAAAAUUGUUAGCAGUCCAAGCACUCGUAGUACUGGUAGUAAGGGUACUCGUAGUCAAAGUGGCCAUCAAACUAUUAGCCAACAGAAAGUGUUUCGUAGUCAAUAUGAAGAUAUGACUCAGUCUCCUACAUCUGCGGCAAAUCUUAAAGAAUCUCCUAGUCGAAGAAGCGAAUCUCUUAGUCAACAAAAAUCUAAUCGUAGUCAACUGGAAGGUGUCGCUCAAUCACGUACAGAUUCUGUUAUUCAACCUGAAGACACUUUUAGUUAUGACGAAGUGGAUGACGAAGGAAGAACUGAAUCAUACAGUCAAGGAAAUGUUGUUAGUAGUCCAAGUAAUCGUAGUGCUGGCAGUAAGGGUACUCGUAGUCAAAGUGGCCAUCAAACUAUUAGCCAACAGAAAGUAUCCCGUAGUCAAUAUGAAGAUAUGACUCAGUCUCCUACAUCUGCUGCAAAUCUUAAAGAAAGUCCUAGCCGGAGAAGUGAAUCUCUUAGUCAACAAAAAUCUAAUCGUAGUCAACUGGAAGGUGUCGCUCAAUCACGUACAGAUUCUGUUAUUCAACCUGAAGACACUUUUAGUUAUGACGAAGUGGAUGACGAAGGAAGAACUCAAUCAUAUAGUCAAGGAAAUGUUGUUAGUAGUCCAAGUAAUCGUAGUGCUGGUAGUAAGGGUACUCGUAGUCAAAGUGGUCAUCAAACUAUUAACCAACAGAAAGUAUCUCGUAGUCAGUAUGAAGAAAUGGCUCAGUCCCUUACAACUGCUGCAAAUCUUAAAGAAUGUCCUAGCCGUAGAAGUGAAUCUCUUAGUCAACAAAAAUCUAAUCGUAGUCAACUAGAAGGGGUCGGUCAAUCACGUACAGAUUCUACUAUUCAACCCGAAGACACUUUUAGUUAUGACGAAGUGGAUGACGAAGGAAGAACUGAAUCACACAGUCAAGGAAAUGUUGUUAGUAGUCCAAGUAAUCGUAGUGCUGGUAGUAAGGGUACUCGUAGUCAAAGUGGCCAUCAAACUAUUAGUCAACAGAAAGUAUCCCGUAGUCAAUAUGAAGAUAUGACGCAGCCCCCUAUAUCUUCUGCAAAUCUUAAAGAAAGUCCUAGUCGAAGAAACGAAUCUCUUAGUCAACAAAAAUAUAGCACUAUUCAUGCCGCAGACUGUCAUUGCUGUGAAUGUAUAAAUAAGAAAAAUCUCAGUCAAGACAAUUAUAAAUCCCGUAGUCAAUAUGAAGAUAUGACUCAGUCUCCUACAUCUGCGGCAAAUCUUAAAGAAUCUCCUAGUCGAAAAAGCGAAUCUCGUAGUACAGGAAAAGCUAGUCGUAGUCAAUUGGAAGGAGUCGCUCAAUCACGUACAGAUUCUAUUAUUCAACCCGAAGACUCUGUAAGUUAUGACGAAGUAGAUGACGAAGGAAGAACUCAAUCAUAUAGUCAAGGAAAUGUUGUUAGUAGUCCAAGCAAUCGUAGUGCUGGUAGUAAAAGUACUCGUAGUCAAAGUGGCCAUCAAACUAUUAGCCAACAGAAAGUAUCUCGUAGUCAAUAUGAAGAUAUGACUCAGUCUCCUACAUCUGCUGCAAAUCUUAAAGAAUCUCCUAGUCGAAGAAGUGAAUCUCGUAGUACAGGAAAAGCUAGUCGUAGUCAAUUGGAAGGAGUCGCUCAAUCACGUACAGAUUCUAUUAUUCAACCCGAAGAUUCUGUUAGUUAUGACGAAGUAGAUGACGAAGGAAGAACUAAAUCAUAUAGUCAAGGAAAGAUUGUUAGUAGUCCAAGCAAUCGUAGUGCUGGUAGUAAGGGUACUCGUAGUCAAAGUGGCCAUCAAACCAUUAGCCAACAGAAAGUAUCUCGUAGUCAAUAUGAAGAUAUGACUCAGUCUCCUACAUCUGCGGCUAAUCUUAAAGAAUCUCCUAGUCGAAGAAGCGAAUCUCGUAGUACAGGAAAAUCUAGUCGUAGUCAAUUGGAAGGAGUCGCUCAAUCACGUACAGAUUCUAUUAUUCAACCCGAAGAUUCUGUCACUUAUGACGAAGUAGAUGACGAAGGAAGAACUCAAUCAUAUAGUCAAGGAAAUGUUGUUAGUAGUCCAAGCAAUCGUAGUGCUGGUAGUAAGGGUACUCGUAGUCAAAGUGGCCAUCAAACCAUUAGCCAACAGAAAGUAUCUCGUAGUCAAUAUGAAGAUAUGACUCAGUCUCCUACAUCUGCGGCAAAUCUUGAAGAAUCUCCUAGUCGAAGAAGCGAAUCUCGUAGUACAGGAAAAGCUAGUCGUAGUCAAUUGGAAGGAGUCGCUCAAUCACGUACAGAUUCUAUUAUUCAACCCGAAGACUCUGCUAGUUAUGAUGAUGUAGUUGACGAAGGAAGAACUGAAUCAUAUAGUCAAGGAAAUGUUUUUAGUAGUCCAAGUAAUCGUAGUGCUGGUAGUAAGGGUACUCGUAGUCAAAGUGGCCAUCAAACUAUUAGCCACCAGAAAGUAUCUCGUAGUCAAUAUGAAGAUAUGACUCAAUCUCCUACAUCUGCGGCAAAUCUUAAAGAAAGUCCUAGCCGGAGAAGCGAAUCUCUUAGUCAACAAAAAUCUAAUCGAAGUCAACUGGAAAGUGUCGCUCAAUCACGUACAGAUUCUAUUAUUCAACCUGAAGACACUUUUAGUUAUGACGAAGGAAGAACUGAAUCAUACAGUCAAGGAAAUGUUGUUAGUAGUCCAAGUAAUCGUAGUGCUGGUAGUAAGGAUACUCGUAGUCAAAGUGGCCAUCAAACUAUUAGCCAACAGAAAGUAUCUCGUAGUCAAUAUGAAGAUAUGACUAAAUCUCCUACAUCUGCUGCAAAUCUUAAAGAUUCUCCUAGUCGAAGAACCGAAUCUCUUAAUCAACAAAAAUAUAGCACUAUUCAUACCGCAGACUGUCGUUGCUGUAAAUGUAUAAAUAAGAAAAAUCUCAGUCAAGACAGUUAUAAAUCCCGUAGUCAAUAUGAAGAUAUGACUCAGUCUCCUACAUCUUCUGCAAAUCUUAAAGAAUCUCCUAGCCGGAGAAGCGAAUCUCGUAGUCUAGGAAAACCUACUCAUACUUCACGUCAGGGUUCUGUUAAGGAAGCUUCUCUUCGACGUAUUGAUUCUUCUAGUCGAGAUGGGCAGUCUAAGACUUAUCUAGAAGACAUUGUAGACGAAGAUGUUGCUCCUAGUUCACGCACGGGGAUUCCUAGUAGACAAGAAAUAUCUAGUCAAAAUGUGGAAAAUUCGUCUACACGCAUACCUUCGCAUAGCAAAAGUGGGGUACCCAGUCAACAUACUGCCCCGUCACAGACAAAUUCAAUCAAGCGAAGUCAAGCUUCUGUUAAACGAGAUGGGCAAUCUAAGAGUUAUCAAGACGGCAAUAUUGUCGAAGACGAAGAAAGAGAUAGUAGAGAAGAAGAAUUUCCUCCUAGUUCACGCUCAGGGAUCCCUAGUAGACAAGAAAUGUCUAGUCAAAAUGUGGAAAAUUCGUCUACACGCCUACCUUCGCGCAGCCAAAGUGGGGUAGCCACUCAACAUACCGCCCCGUCACAGAAAAAUUCAAUCAAACGAAGUCAAGCUUCUGUUAAUCGAGAUGGGCAAUCUAAGAGUUAUCAAGAAGACAAUAUUGUCAAAGACGAAGAAAGAGACAGUAGAGAAGAAGAAUUUACUCGUAGUUCACGCUCGGGGAUUCCUAGUAGACAAGAAAUCUCUAGUCAAAAUGUGGAAAAUUCGUCUACACGCAUACCUUCGCGCAGCAAAAGUGGGGUAUCCAGUCAACAUACUGCCCCGUCACAGACAAAUUCAAUCAAGCAAAGUCAAGCUUCUGUUAAUCGAGAUGGGCAAUCUAAGAGUUAUCAAGAAGGCAAUAUCGUCGAAGACAAAGAAAGAGAUAGCAGAGAAGAAGAAUUUUCUCCUAGUUCACGCUCGGGGAUUCCUAGUAGACAAGAAAUGUCUAGUCAAAAUGUGGAAAUUUCGUCUACACGCAUACCUUCGCGUAGCAAAAGUGGGGUAUCCAGUCAACAUACUGUCCCGUCACAGACAAAUUCAAUCAAGCGAAGUCAAGCUUCUGUUAAUCGAGAUGGGCAAUCUAAGAGUUAUCAAGAAGGCAAUAUUGUCGAAGACGAAGAAAAAGAUAGCAGAGAAGAAGAAUUUCCUCGUAGUUCACGCUCGGGGAUUCCUAGUAGACAAGAAAUGUCUACUCGUAGCCAAGUUGGGGUUACCAGUCACCACACUGCUCCUUCAGAGGCAGAUUCCACGAGGCAAAGUCAAGCAUCUGUUAAUCGCCGUGGAGAAACUCUUAGCCAAGUGAUUGCAUCUCGUAGUCAACGUGAAUAUACUCCUUCUGCAAAUCUUAACGAAACUCUUAGUCAACAAAAAUAUACUAGUACUCAUUCCACGGACUGCCAGUGCUGUGAAUGUACAAAAAAGAAAAAUAUCAGACCUGAAGAUACUCGUAGUUAUAGCGUAGAAAAUGCAAGAACUGAAUCUCAUAGUCACGGAAAAGUUAUUGGUAGCAGAGGUACUCUUGGUCGAAGUGAUCAACACGAAGCAUCUCUACAUGAAGAUGUUGUUCAGCCUCCUGUAUCUUCUGCAAAUCUUAAACAAACCGCAAGCCAAAGAAGCGAAACUCGUAGUGUAGUAUCCAGUCAAAAUUCUCGCCCUGGUGCUGCCAGGAGCGCUUCACAUUCACGUGUGAAUUCUUCUGGUCGAGAUGGGUUGCCUAUGAAUUAUUUUGAAGAGGACGCCGACGAAAAUGAACAAAGAAAGCACAGAGAAAAAGAAAUCACUUCUGGUAUUCCUAGUACUUCCGAGGACAUUGGUAGUCAACAAGGUGAGCGUUCCAGUCAUCACACUGCUCCAGCAGCAAGAAAUUCCACCAUGCAAAGCGUUAAUCACCAGGAAAAACCUGAUGGCACACCGUCCACAUCUAUGAGUCAACGGUCAGACAUUAUCAAUCUUCCUACCACUUCUGUUAGCCAGUAUGAAACCCAUCCUAAACAACAGCCAUCUGCUACUGAUCAACGAAAAGUUAAAAUUAGCACAGACAACGUUUAUGUUAAGUCGGAUAACAUUCCGAGUCACGGUGGACGGGAAUCAGGCACAGUGCUUGCCGAAGAAAGUCUUAACAAAAGAACUGGAUCUCCUAGUCAAGGAGAAUUUACUCUCCACCCACGCCCCCUCGUUAAUGAGAGUGAAGAUACUUUUACUCACUUGAGAGACAAUGCAGGUAUACUUGAAGAAUAUCCAAAAAAAAACGCCAAUCAAACAACUGAACCUCAGGAAAAAAUUGCUGGUAGUAACGUAUCUCUUGAUCGAAGCAGGGACACUGUUCAUUUCCCUACGAAUUCUCUUAGAGAUUACUAUCCUGAAGAAUUUGUCAGUCAACCAAAUGCAUCUAUUAGUCAACAUAAUGAUACUGUCCCCUCUCCUAAAGCUUCCGUAAGUCGUGAAGAAACUGCUAACCGAAAAAGUGAAUCUCGUAGUCAACAUAAAAGUAUUCCUGUUUAUUCGCGGGGUUGCCAUUGCUGCCGGUGUAUUAAGAAGAAAAGUCCCAGUCAAGACAAAAAUCCUGAGCAUUCAUCCACGGGUAGCCUAACUCAGUUCAUUGUAUCCAUUCUUAAUCAACACGAAGAUGAUCCAGGUACACACCCUUCUACUCAACGUGAAGACCCUCAAGGAAUGAUUAUCAGUCCAAGCAGUCGUAGUAGUGGCAAUAAUGGUACUCUUGAUCGAAGUGAUCAUCGUAAACAAACUAUUAGUCAUCAGAAAGUGUCUCUUAGUCAAUUUGCUCAGACUCCUACAAAUUCUGUAUAUCUCAAAGACAGUCCCAGCAGAAAAAGUAACAAAAGUCUUAAGUUUUCACCCGUGGAUAGCACAACUCCAUUCAAUACGUCUAUUAUUAAUCAACACAGACAACCUGUUCAUUCUUCUGAAGAUUAUGUUGAUCAUCACUCAACUCGUAACCCGGGCACUGCUAUGGCUAAUAGUAAAGUUACUUUUAAUAGAAGUGUGAACCUUACUCGUUCAGGGAUGGACAGUACUGAUCAAAGUGGGUACUUCGUGAGCCAAGAUGGAGAAAUUGUUAUCCAACAACACAUGGAAGUUCCUAGCCAAAGUGAACACUCUAUGAGUCAUCAUGGAGAAUCUGUUAGCCAACAUACUGCAAAGAAGAAAAAUCUGGAUGAAGACACAAAUCUUAACCACGCAGAUAAUGUUAGCCGACAAAGCGAAUCUCAUUCACGUACAAAUUCUGUUCAAGAAAAUAAAGAACAUAGAAUUGAAUUUCAGAAUCAAGGAUUGAUUAGCAGUCCACGCAGUAAGAGUACUCUUGGUCGAAGUGAUCAUCGUGUAAAAACUAUGAGUCAACAGAAAAUGCCUCCUAGUCGAUCUAGGAACCAUCACGAAGACGAUGUUAGAGAAGAUGAAGACGGAGAUAGUGCAAGAGAAGAAUUUACUUCUAGUUCACGAACGGAAAGAAUUCCUAGUCGUAACGAAACUGCUAGCCAAAGAAGCGAAUCUCGUAAUCUAGGAAAAUCUAGUCGUACUUCACCUCCGGAGGUUCAUCAUGAAGACAGAGGUGAUAGAGAAGAAUUGACUCCUAGUUCACGCACAGGUAUGGCUAAUAAUGAAGACGUUAGUAGUCAACCUAAUUUGGAUAGUCGUAGCCAAGGUGGGCCCGCCAGUCAUCACACUGCUCCGUCAAAAACAGACGCUACCAAACAAAGUCAUGCUUCUGUUAUCCGUCGUGGAGAAAGUGGUAGCCAACCCCAGGAAUCUAGUAGCCAGCAUGAAGAUAUUACUCUUUCACGUCCAAAUUCUGUUAUUCAACGUGAAGAUUCUGUUAGUCCUGAUAAACGAAGCCUUGACCCAAAAAGUGGAUCCCACACUGGUAAAAGAAUUGGCCGCAGCGCAAACAUCGAUUCUCCUAAACGUACAGAUGCUGCUGAUCGAAACAGUAAGGUUACUCGUUCAUUUAUCGGCGAUCUUAAUCAAAGUGGAGAGUCUAUGACCCAGUACGAAGAAACUGUUAUCCGACGACAUGAACCUCUUAACCAAUCGCGUACAAAUUCUGUUACUCAAAGUGUUAGCCAACAUGCACCUGAAGAUGUUAACCAACAUAAUAAAUCUCUUAAUCGACUACAAACUUCUACUCCUCGAUUUAGGGAGUGCUUUUGUCCACGUAACGACUAUUUUCGUCAAGUUUCCGAUGUUCCACGUGUGGAUUCUCUUAAACAAGGUGGCCACUCUGUGAGUCAUCACAGCGCAUCUCUUAGAGAAAAUGAUCACUCCAUGAGUCAUCAUGCAGAAUCUGCACCACCUAGUCAACAUGAAGAUGUUGUCCAGUCUCCUAAAUCUUCCGCAAUUUCCGCAAAUCUUAAAGAAACUCCUAGUCGAAGAAGCGAAUCUCUCGAUCAACGAACAAGUAAUUCUUCUGAGUACACGAAUUGUGGUUGCUGUGACUGUACAACUGAGAACAAUCUAAGUCAAGAGGAAAAUUCUAAGUUCGAUAGCAUGACUGAACAUAGAGAUCCUAUUCAUGCUAACUCUAUUUCCCAACGUGAAUCAUCUCUUAGUCAACGUGGUCAAUCUGCAAGUCAGCAAAAAUACUCAACUAAUGAAAUUGCCCAAUCACGUCCAGAUUCAGUUACUCAACGUGAAAGCUAUGUUAGUCAUGACAACGCCAGUGCUGGUACUAACGUUACUCUUGAUCGUACUCGUUCACGUAUAGAGCCCGCUGGUCGAAGUGGAAUCUCCAUGAAUCAAGAUACAAAAAUUGUUACCCAACAACAUGAAGAUAUUACUCAUUCACGUACAGUUUCUGGUACUCAACGUGAAGCCUCUGUUACUCGUGGCGCAAGUGGCAACCCGAGCACCACUAGUGGAGAUAGUAAAAUUGCUCUUGAUCGAAAUAGGGACCCUACGAGUUCACGUAUGGAGAUUCCUAGUCAAAGUGGGCUCUCCAUGAGCAGUGAUAGAGAAAUUGUUAUCCAAGAACAUGAACCUCUUAGCCCAGCGUGAAGAUAUUACUCAUUCACGUACAGACAAAGUGAAUCUCAUAAUAAUGAAAAAAUCAAUCUCAGGCUUGGUCAAACAUGGGGGCUCAUUUAUUUGUGAAAAAAGUGGUAGCUUGUGAAUGGAAUUUCUUAAUCAACGUGAUUAUGCACUCAAACAUAAAAAAAUCUGCUUCACCUACAAGCAGCAGGAAAUUUGAAAAAAGUAAAUAUUUAUUAAAAAAUAAGACCCAAUAUGCAGUACUGAUUGUGUUUUAUUUUAACAAAAAAUUCUCAUACAUAAAUUACGCAUUUGUAUAAAGAAACCAAUAAAAUGUAUGUAAACGUGUUAGUGUUUAUAUUUCUUCCCUUUCUUCCCCUUCUUCUUUACUUUAUUUUUCGUCACUUUUCUCGGGUGUAACCACACCGGAUAUGCACCGUGUUGGUCUCGCAGUGUUCUGGGAUUAAAAACCCUCUUAUUUGUGUCCGUGUCCAUUUGAUCGGCUUGCGUUGUCUUUGCAGCAACCACAUUAGCCACUUGAGA